AUGGACAAAGGGAACUUGAACAUAGCUGUUUUUGUUGACCUUAAGAAAGCCUUCGAUGCUGUGGACCACACAAUCUUGCUGAAUAAAUUUCAGUAUUACGGCUUUUUUGGCGACGAAUUAAAAUGGAUCCAAUCAUACCUUUCUAAUAGAAGCCAGAAAUGCUUUAUGAAUGGGGUGCUUUCAAAUCCGGGUAUAAUAAAAUUUGGUGUACCACAGGGAUCGAUACUAGGCCCGUUGCUGGUUCUGAUCUUCAUUAAUGAUCUUCCGGGCUGUUUCGCUCAUACAAUACCAAAUAUGUAUGCAGAUGACACUAGCAUCGGAAACGAAAAUUUCAACUAUGGGAAACGAAAAUUUCAACCUUAUGGAAAACAGAAUUAA